CUCCACCUUCCGGGCUUAUCACGCUUUUAACCUCCGGCUCCCAUCAACCAUUCAUACAUCAGCCCUCGCCUCGGGCGUCCUACCCGCUUACGUUGCUUUUGGUAGCCCUUCGUCAGCAUCUUCCCCAAGCCUUCCGAAAGGCUUUUGCGCAUUUUGCCCUCGACCUCGCUCAUCCUUCUUCUUGUCCUCGGCAAACCAUUCCUUGCUCUCUGAGCUCUGGCAAACUAAGCACACAGCGGGUUUCUCCACGGACUGGUGACGGCUGCGUGCGCUACUCAAUCUCUACCUAAUGGACACCCUGCGACAGUAAUUCGUACCCCGUCGCCACUCGAAUCUUAUCGGCAUCUCAUCUGUCGACAGUCGGCAAAAUGGUUGUUUUUGUUAAGCCAGCCAUAUUGGAAGGGGCGCGCGCUGUGGCGAGGCAGGUCGCCGAAACUGGUACUUCGAUACUUACCUCAACAGUAGCGUCGGCGACGGCCUCAGCAAUUUCGACAAGCGGCAGCUCAUCUGUGAUAACCGCUUCAUUAACAUCAAUAUCGCCCACUGUCACUCCUCCAUCCGCCACUUCCAAUUCCGCAUCCGGGGAUACCGAUUCAAAGGAUGAAAAAGGAGGGUCGUCGCCGCUCUUGUUUUUUGUGGCAUUGGGCUUCGGUGUCGUUUUUACCAACCUCUGGAUCAUUGUGGGCGUCAAGUACUGCUUUCGAUACAAUGCUCGAACUCGUCAAAUGCGCCUAGCGGAGGAGGGCGACCAGAUUAACCUGGAGGCCAUGCCUCGGCCGCACCGACGCCGUCGUGAGAAGAAACUAAUGACAAUAGACGAAGUCAACGAGAAAUUCCCCAUGCUCAAGUACAAAACUUGGGUCGCAAGCCGAGCGCGGGAUGGUCUACCCACCAGCGGUGGCGUUUCAGCGCCCAGCCGACCGAAUAGUAUUCAUGACGCGGACGCUAUCUCUCGAGAGUUGCCGAACAAGGAGCGUAUGUCGACCGAGGGCCGGCCAACGACAAGCCAAGUCGAACCUGCUGACCGGGACCCGAAGACUCCACAACAUGAAGCCAAGGAGAGCACCUCCAGCACUGUGCCUUUGACCCAUGCUGUCUCAGAAGCAACGACGCCACCGAAGGAAGCACGGGUUUCGCACGACGAGGGCGAGGAGGAGGAGGAUCCGAUUGACGCCGCAUUGCCGCCGGAGUGCGAGGGCACCUCUGGUGAUACCUGUGCUAUUUGCAUUGACACCUUGGAAGACGACGACGACGUGCGUGGGUUGACUUGUGGACAUGCUUUCCACGCGGCAUGCCUUGACCCAUGGUUGACGAGCAGGCGAGCAUGCUGUCCGUUGUGCAAGGCCGAUUACUACACUCCUAAGCCACGCGCAGCCGGCGAACCAGUCGAUGGCCAGCCUGGCGUUAUCCAUGUCACUUUAUCCAACGACCCACGAUCCAAUCGUAUGAAUCUGCCAAACAGACCGAGACGUGCUUUGUUCGGCCUGGGUCGUCCAGCAAGGACGGUGUAUGUGGUGUCCAGCAAUGAUCAACGAGGGUCUCGGCGGCGUCAUGGUGAGCGAAGACAGGACAACAACGGUGCUUCUAGUCAACCUGGCUCUUCACCCCAAGCUUCUUCGGAUCGUGCCGAGGGCGGGAGUGUGUUUGCAAAUCUUAGGGCUGCAUUCCCCCACUUUCGUCGCAGCAACGGGGAGCAAAUCGCGGACGCAAAUUCCAACCCUACUAUGACGCCUUCUAAUCUUGAAGCGGGAGUCCGACCUGCGGCGAAUUAAGUCCGGCGAUACGAAUUUGAAAGACUGGUGACUACGCCGCUCUGUGCGAAGCUGAUU